ACAAUUCCACAUCCUGUUCGUCAGUUGUCACAGCUCUCAGCCCGCCAUGGCCUCCGCCGUCGCCUUCUCACCAGCCGUCGCCGUCGGAGCCAAUGUGCAGCGCUCUCGGAGGUCGUCUUUGCUGCGGCUCGUCCAGAGAGCCAGGCCCGUGGCCGCGAGGUCCAGCUCAGAGCAGGCCGUCCAGGCGAGGUCGGGGAGGACCAUCGAGGAGUGCGAGGCGGACGCCGUCGCCGGGAAGUUCCCCGCGGCGCCGCCGCCGAACAGGCCGCAGGCGCCCAGCGGCACCCCGGAGAUCAGGCCCCUCGACAUGGCGAAGCGCCCUCGCCGGAACCGAAGGUCGCCGGCGCUCCGGGCAGCGUUCCAGGAGACCAGCAUUACCCCCGCGAACCUUGUCCUCCCGCUAUUCAUCCACGAAGGUGAGGAAGACACUCCAAUUGGAGCUAUGCCUGGGUGCUUCAGGCUUGGGUGGAGACACGGGCUUCUGGAAGAGGUGUACAAGUCACGUGAUGUUGGUGUUAACAGCUUCGUGCUAUUCCCAAAAGUUCCUGAUGGAUUGAAGACACAAACCGGAGACGAGUCAUACAAUGAUAAUGGUUUAGUGCCCAGAACAAUUCGUCUACUCAAGGAUAAGUACCCUGACAUUGUUAUUUACACUGAUGUUGCUUUGGAUCCUUAUUCUUCUGACGGUCAUGAUGGCAUUGUGAGAGAAGAUGGAGUUAUUUUGAACGAUGAAACAGUUCAUCAGCUUUGCAAGCAAGCAGUUUCGCAGGCCCGAGCUGGCGCUGACGUUGUUAGUCCUAGUGACAUGAUGGAUGGUCGUGUUGGAGCAAUCCGGUCUGCUCUCGAUGCGGAGGGUUUCCAUGAUGUUUCCAUCAUGUCCUACACUGCAAAGUAUGCUAGUUCAUUUUAUGGUCCAUUCCGUGAAGCUUUGGAUUCAAAUCCACGAUUCGGAGACAAGAAGACCUACCAGAUGAACCCAGCCAAUUACAGAGAAGCCCUAAUAGAAACUGCAUCAGAUGAGGCAGAAGGAGCAGACAUCCUUCUGGUGAAACCUGGAUUACCAUACUUGGAUAUUAUCCGACUUCUACGGGACAAUUCAGCCUUGCCGAUUGCUGCAUACCAGGUUUCCGGCGAGUACUCGAUGAUCAAGGCCGGCGGCGUGCUGAAGAUGGUGGACGAGGAGAAGGUGAUGAUGGAGUCGCUGCUGUGCCUGCGGCGCGCCGGCGCCGACAUCAUCCUCACCUACUUCGCCCGCCAGGCCGCCAACGUCCUCUGCGGCACCAGGCCUCGGACGUAGCUGAUAAGAAGUCCUGCUCCAUCCAACCAUGGCCGUGGCGUUUCGGUGCAGUAGCACUGUAGUGCGUGGAAGAAGCUUCUGCAGGUACGUGGUGCAGCAGUCACGGCCAUUGUUCUCACUCCCAGACAUAGAGUUUUACAAGCUUUGCUUUGGUGUAAUUAAUUAGCAAUAUUAAUUAGUAACUGAAUUUUAGAUUAAAUUAGUUAAUUGAUGAUGAGAGGUUUGCAAUAA